AGAUGGAGAAUCGCCAACAAGGUCGGUUCCCGGAAGCGUCGCCGGAGUGGCACUGAGGGGAGGCAUUGGGGGCUGGAGGCUUGUGAACAGGGAACCUGCCCCCCCAGCACUCGGAAGGGCCUGCGUGCCAGUGAUGAGACAUGGGGUACGAUGUCACCCGCUUCCAGGGGGAUGUUGACGAGGAUCUGAUCUGUCCGAUUUGCGGCGGCGUCUUGGAGGAACCAGUGCAGGCCCCUCACUGCGAGCAUGCCUUCUGCAACGCCUGCAUCACCCAGUGGUUCUCCCAGCAGCAGACGUGCCCGGUGGACCGCAGCGCCGUGACGGUUGCCCACCUGAGCCCAGUCCCUCGGAUCAUGCAGAACAUGCUGUCCAAGCUGCGGAUCGCCUGCGACAACGCCGUCUUCGGCUGCAGGGCUGUGGUCCGGCUUGACAACCUCAGGUCGCACCUCAGCGACUGUGAGCACAACCCAAGGCGGCCUGUGACCUGCGAGCAGGGCGACGGCCUGGAGAUGCCCAGAGAGGAGCUGCCGAACCACCACUGCAUCACGCACCUGCGCGCCGUGGUCCAGCAGCAGCAGGCGCGCCUGGCGGAGCUGGAGAAGACCUCGGCCGACCACGCGCACCAGCUGGCGGAGCAGAAGCGAGCCAUCCGGCAGCUGAAGGCACACCUGGCCGCAGCGCACAGUGCCCACCCCGACCUGCAGCGCCUGCAGGAGCCCCGUGAGGACAGCGAGGUCCUGCAGUGGGUGAGCUCCCUGCAGCCAGCCAGAGUGACCCGCUGGGGAGGGAUGAUCUCCACCCCGGAUGCUGGCCUCCAGGCUGUCAUCGAGCGCUCCCUGCUGGACAGUGGCUGCCCUGCCUCCGUGGUCAGCGAGCUGAUCGAAAACGCCCACGAGCGGAGCUGGCCCCAGGGUCUGGCCACGCUGGAGACGAGACAGAUGAACCGGCGGUGCUAUAAGAACUACGUGGCCAAGCGCAUCCCUGGCAAGCAGGCUGUGGUGGUGAUGGCCUGUGAGAACCAGCACAUGGGCGAUGACAUGGUGCAGGAGCCGGGCCUGGUCAUGAUCUUUUCGCAUGGCGUGGAGGAGAUGUAGGUCUCGGCGGGCUGUCCGGAGCCUGUCAGGGUCUGCCUCUGCCUCAAAUUCCACGCCCUUGUGCUCCUGGGGUCUGACAACUUUCCACAGAAGAUACGCAUGCACCUCUCUCCCGUGUUCCAUCUUUGCUUUGGAAUCUGGGAUUCCAUCGUAGGCAGGGAAGCCCCCACCCCAUCCCAUGCCUCCUAACCAAAGAAGCAAAUGUGAAGGACACCUGGACCCACCGACUGCCUGCUGUGCUUGUCAAACCUCCAUACGCCCUUUUGUAGGCACUUGCUGCCACCUCUUCCCUGUCGUGAGAAAAAGAAAAUAUUCUUUUCCCUGAAUA